GCAAGACCGAACCUAUCUUGAACAUUUUCUCGUUUAGCUCCUUGAAUCUAAAGGGAGAGUACAUGUCACAGAUGAAGAGCAUAGCGGGACUGGCGAGUUUCGCCAGCGGACGUAACAACGAACAAAAUUAUGUCAAUAAUAAUACAUACGAGGAUCCUGUGGUCACUGUGUGUAGGGAGCUUCUCAAUAAGGAAAGGGAAAUGAGUCCCUCAAGGCGAAGUUCCACAUACGCAAGACUAGUGAUUGAGAAACUUUUCCGAAAUAGGACUGUUGACUUAUGUUCGAUAAUGCCACCACCGAAUGAUGCGCAAAUGGCUCAACACCCUUUUCAUCUUAUACACGAAAUUAUCAACAGCAAAUCAUCAUUUUUCGAGACAAUCCUUGAUGCUGAUGAUGGCCUAUCUAAUGAGCUGUGGCAAGAAAUUUGCGCGCAAGCCGAUACGAGCAUGGUGCCAACAAUCCUGUCAGCCGAUAGCAUUUUGAUGCAAACCGUGUCGUUCUAUGUGACACGUCUUCUUCCCACCGAACCCAUGGCUCCCAACAUCAGUCGAGCUCCACUUGUCGGCGAAAUGGGCAACAGAAAGCAUACACCGCUCGAUCUUUUCUUACCUACUUCUCCUCUACUGAACUCCAUGAGACUAGAGUCGCCAGAGUUCUUCUCCUCAUCUCUUCAUCCUCGACAUUUGACCAUAUUUUGCAACUUCGUCACCGUGCUUUGUACAACGAAUGAUUUCCCGUCUGCAAACAGACUUAUGAUCUUGAGAUACCUGCUAAAGCAGUUUCAUGUGUUUUGCUUAUAUGAUAUUGCCGACCAAGAUCUGCUUGCUGUCAAGAACUCACUGCACUGUCGUCCACCGUUUUCCUCACAUCUGUACACUUUCCUUUAUACCUUUCUCGAGCAAUGUCCCACAAUGAACAUCUUCAAGGAUCUUGUUCAAUGCUGGACAACCUUCUGCCGACCGUGGCGGUAUGUGGAUUCGUCAGUACCUAGCUCAGAGAUAAUGAAUACGAGAGCUUCAUGGAUGCCUUUUGUUCGUGUUCAUGAAAAAUUCUACCGCAUUCUACUCGGGAAGAUCCUAAGACGUGUUGAGAUGUACGAUUUGAAUGCCGACACCGCAAAGGUGAUAAGACUUGCUGUUGAGUGUUCUUGGAAGGAGCCUAUGGUAACUUUAUUAAGAGAGAUAGGAGUAAAUCCUCGUCCACAUACGAGACAGCUUCUGGAAACUGUGGCCUCAAAUUUGAGAGCUGAAAAGGACUUGGUAGCCGAUGCACGGCAAAACCGAAGGAAGUCUCUCUGGGAUAUGCUGUUUGGAGCCCCGGAGCCACCUGCAAUCCGUGAGAAGUGUGAUGUUAUCGCAAGCGUAGAAAGUUUGCUGAUCGACGCAGAUGCUAAUAUGGGAACGCAUUUUGUUGCAGAAACUAAUGCAGGGACAGAUUCAAUUCACGGAAGUUCCUCUUCCUCCAUUACUCACACUCCAAUACUGCCAGAGACUCCCAAAAGGCCACCAAAACACCAGGCUCCAGACCAUGUGAAAGAUCCUGUCACAGGUCUGAUGUACCUUACGGAGCUUGGCAAACGUCAAGUGUGGAGCGGCGAGAGGCGGUUUGAUUUUUCUGCAUGUUCGCAGUAUAUACCUCAUUGGAAAGCUAUGCCAAGGCCAUACGAAUUUCCACCGCUUGUGAUGUUAUUAGCAAAAAUUAAUGAGUACUUGAAUCGAACUGCAGUUGUGAGAACGAUAGCUGGAGAAUACAAUAAAAAUACUAUCCUUGGUGCGGUAGCUCGUACAGUGAUGGAUCCUCCAUGUCCGAAUCCAACAAGUCCGAUCUCAUCGCCGGUUUUCUCCAAAACUCUCAAAGUCACACCUCCUGUUCUUCGAAUUCGGGUCCUGGCCAACUACGGCGUUCUGGUCAGCAUUUUCGUUAUCUUCUUAUUUGCUCGAUAUGGAAUAUGGGCGCUAAUUUCCGUAUUGUUGGUGUCAUUUAUAUGUGCUGUUAUCUGCCUUGCAGCUGAGGAUCUCUAGAUAGUUGUGCUUAUCGUGGCAUAAUGUGAAAGAUAUUACCCUUGUUUUGUUUUACGGUUUUGUUUCGUUUCACUUACCGCAGUCUACGUAUCUCUAGAUAUGAGCUGCCUAAUAAUUUCAAAAGUAUGAGCUAUGGUGAAUAUUCAUGUUCAGCAAUAAAUAUUCUAUCAUUUGUUUAA